AUGUUUAGUUCACUGAAAGCAAAAUUCACCAAAGUGCUUCCAAGUCCAGCAGAGAAAAACAUGCAAGAUGUUCCAGACCCUCCAAAACCAUCAACUCAGCCACCACCUCAACAGACAAGCACACCCAAUACACGGUUGUUGCAAGAAGACCUCAUGGCAAAGGCAGGACUAAAAGGGUGGUCAUGUUCUGCUGUCAUUAUAGAUAAGCCCAGUGCAUUUUUGGAGGAAGAUAAGAAAGAAAAAGAAGGAAGUAAAAACACAAAUGAUGCUCUGAAAAAAGAGACAGAAAACACUGCAGAGCCAGACCCUAAGCAACAAGAUGCAGCAGGGCCUCCAGAAAAAGAACCCGAGCCUCCUCCAGCUGACAAACCUGCUGAGGCAACACAACAGGAAGAGGCACAGCUGGUCAAGGAGAAAGAAGAGACAGCCACGACAGAGAAUAAGCGACCAGGAACCCCCAUAAAUGAAUAUGCUCAGACUCAGCUGCAAGAAAUCAUCAAGCAGAUGCGAGAAAGGACAGCCACGUAUAAAGAAAAACUGAGUGACCCAGUCAUCUCCUCUCCUGAGCCCAGUCCAACAGCAACACCCAAAAAGACGGCGCCACCCCCGCCACCAAAAGAGGAGAAAAAAGAGGAGAAAAAAGAGGAGAAAAAAGAGGAGAAAAAAGAAGAGGAGAAGAAGCCACCCGUGAAAGAAUACUUGAGGAAAAUGAAGCUACCAGAAAGUAUAGAUGCAUACACAGAUCGUCGCUAUAUAGGAUGGCUGUUUUUGGUUACCGUUGCUUAUAACUGGAACUGCUGGUUCAUCCCACUGCGAUUAGUAUUCCCAUUUCAGACACCAAACAACAUGAUAUACUGGAUUGUGAUAGACAUCUUAUGUGAUAUCUGCUACGUCUGUGAUCUGCUGAUAUUUCAACCCCGAGUACAAUUCGUGAAAGGUGGAGACAUAAUAUCAGAUAAAGUAGAAAUGAAGAAAUACUACCGGAGCACAUUAAAAUUUCGGCUUGAUUUGUUUUCCAUAAUACCAUUUGACGUCUUGUACGUUGUAUUUGGAUUUAAUGCAAUAUUUAGAGCGAACAAGGUGCUGAAGCAUCUCACGUUCUUUGAAUUCAAUGACCGACUGGAGGCGAUCAUGGAAAGAGCAUACAUUUACAGGGUCGUCCGAACUACUGGGUACCUGUUGUUUAUCUUGCAUGUUAAUGCAUGCCUGUAUUACUGGGGUUCAACCUACGAAGGACUUGGCAGCACUAAAUGGGUAUACGAUGGCAAAGGAAACAUGUAUCUAAGAUGUUACUAUUGGGCAGUUCGCACUUUAAUCACUAUCGGUGGGCUUCCAGAACCAGUAACCAUGUUUGAAAUCAUCUUUCAGCUUCUGAAUUUCUUCUCAGGGGUCUUUGUAUUUUCCAGCUUGAUUGGUCAGAUGCGAGAUGUCAUUGGCGCAGCGACAGCAGGGCAGAACUACUACCGUGCCUGUAUGGAUAACACCGUAUCUUACAUGAACGUCAACACAAUUCCAAGAAUUGUUCAGAAUCGUGUUCGAACUUGGUAUGAGUAUACGUGGGAUUCGCAAGGAAUGCUGGAUGAAUCUGAAUUACUGGAGCAGAUGCCAGGGAAGAUGCAGCUAGCCAUUGCAAUCGAUGUGAACUUUGCCAUUGUCAGUAAAGUUGACUUGUUCAAAGGAUGUGAUAACCAAAUGAUCUGUGACAUGCUGCUGAGACUUAAAUCCAUUGUGUAUUUACCUGGUGACUUUGUCUGCAAAAAGGGAGAAAUUGGCAGAGAAAUGUACAUCAUCAAACAAGGAGAGGUUCAAGUGCUUGGAGGUCCUGAUGGCACCAAGGUCCUGGUCACCUUGAGAGCAGGAGCUGUAUUUGGAGAGAUCAGCCUAUUAGCUGCAAGCGGGGGAAAUCGGCGGACUGCAAAUGUGGUGGCCCAUGGAUUUGCCAACCUCUUCAUUCUUGACAAGAAGACCCUCAAUGAAAUCUUGGUGCACUACCCUGAUUCCGAAAAGCUCCUGAGGAAGAAGGGAAAAGUGCUCAUAAAGAAAGCAGGCAAGCCUGUCGGAGCACCAACAGCACCUGCCAAAGGCUUGUCCCUGUUAGCACAGAAAGUAGAACCACCCAAGAUGUUCCAAGCUCUGCUGGGUGGGAAAGGUGGUGGCAUGGCGGCUGUUAUCCAGUUGAAGAGACAGAUGGAGGAACAGGAGGAAAAAGAAAAGGAAGAACAAGCAAGGAAAGAGAAAGAAGAAAGAGAAAAGUCGGCAAAGGAAAAGAGAACCAAGCUUGAAACCAAACCUACAGAACCAAACCCAACAGAGUCUCCAGAGACCAAAGAGCCACAGAUGCAAGCAGAACUGUCUGCUCCUAAGAAGGAAGAACCAGCUUCCAGCAGCCAGCCAACACCACCGCCUCCUCCUAAACCAAGUUUGCUCAGAGGAACCACUAACCAGUCCCUUAUCAUUAGCAUGACUCCUUCCAGCACCCCAGGAGAAGGAGAUAUUCUUACUGUUGAAGUCAAAGUGAGGGAUCAAGCAUAACUGGUGGAUCCUCUUGCUGUGCAUUGUACCCAGUUCUGUGCCGAGUGGGUGCCCAAUUCAAUUUUACAGGAAUAAAUCUGCUUAUUUUU